AUGGCUCCGAUCGAACGAGCAACUCUUCGCCCCAUCGUCUACUACGAGUUCCUCCAAGGACACUCUGCGAGAGCCACCGAGGACAACAUCUGCACUGCAUUCGAGGGCAACGUCGUCCACUAUUCCACGUUGUCUCGAUGGUUGAAACGCUUGGAAUCUGGCGACACGUCCUUCGGAGAUCGACCACGCUCGGGACAGGAAGAAGCUGAGUAUCCUGAGGAAGAUGACAUGGCUGAGAAUGAAUAUGAAACUGAUUCUCCUGGACGGUACUCUGCAUGUGGGAAGAAAACAGGACGUAGCAUGGUAUCAAGUUGUACCUCAAAUGUGGAUCGCAUAGGCAACAAAUCCCACCAGCAUGAUGAGAAAAUAAGGAAAUCCAUUGGACGAUACCCACAAUCAGAUGCUUUUAGAGGUACUUGUCAUGACGACUCAGAGAUGGCCGACUGGAACCCAAGAAUCAAUGCUAAGGAACAGAGAGAAGGGGAAUCCAUAUGCCGGAAACCCAACAUCGGAGACAACGUCCAUCUCCAAAGAUCCGGAGCAGAGUACGGAGCAGGGCCUGCCAUGGGAAAAACAUGGAACCGUGUCGGCCUCCACACCGAUUCCAAGCCCGUAAGAAGAGAGACGAACAGACCUGAGGAGACCACGACCCAGAGAGGUCUCCACUUGAGAAUUCAUCUUGCGUGGCAAAGAGAUGGCCGCGAGGACAAGAAUGGCGAGAUACUGGAGGAAUCGAAGGAGAAGAAGCCAAUUGGUGAAGCCUUACAAUCCCCGCUCCCAGAUCCAGGCGGCGCGGCAACCCAGGAGACGCAGAGUAAGGCGAUGCCCACGGAGCUCGACUCAAAAGGGGAAGGGGAGAGAGGCGAUGCGAUGGAAGGCGAUUUGGAGGCCUUCGAGACCGAGUCUCCCAUCGCUUCGCCAUCGCACCUUGCUCCCUCCGCACUGGCUCCACCCUUGGAUUUGGGGUCUGUGAAUUACCUUCACUGCACAAAGGGAUUGCUCAAGGGUCAAGAGCAUCUUGAAAAUAAGAUUAAGGCUCCAACAGAAGUGAUGGAAAACAUGCAACCGUUCAAUGAGAAGAUGGAACUGCAUUCAACUGAGAAUGCAUGGAAACCUAGGUUGAAGACGGCAGUAGUUGAUUUAGGUGAUUCGGCGAAAGAAGACCUUUACAAGAAAUUUCGGGCGAUCCUGAACAAAGUCUCCCCUGGAAAUUUUGAGACCUUGGUGAAGCAAGUCAGGGAUCUCCCAAUUGACACCAAGGAGAAAUUGGAAGGUGUCACAGAUCUCAUCUUUAACAAGGCAGUGAAUGAACCACAAUUUUCCCUUGUCUAUGCAAGCAUGUGUCAAACCCUGGCAAAGACAAUUCAAGUGCCCCUGGAACCUAUUAAAGGAACCCCAGCUAGUCCGACAAUAAAUUUCCGCAAGGUCCUCCUUGUCAAGUGCCAGAUGGAAUUUGAAGCUUUAUACCACGAAUAUAGUCUCAGGGAAAGAAGGCAGGCCGAGAUCGAUACUGCUGAGAGAGAUGGAAAGAAGAAAGAAUUACGACUGGAGCUUAUGGAACAAGGAAGGCUGAUUCGUCGAAGAAACCUUGGCAUUGUUAGGUUCAUUGGAGAAUUGUUCAAGCUGGGGAUGCUGACAGUGAAGAUCAUGCACGAAUGCAUACAGCAACUUUUCUCUGGGUGGGCAAAAAGUCGCGAUGAAGGUUCUCUUGAGUGCCUGUGCAAGCUGCUCACAACGAUCGGGAAGCAUAUGGAAGAUUCGGAUCUGACUAUGAAGGGGGGAUCUUCCUGUUUAAAUUCAGAGAUGCACCGUCAGCAGAUGAACUCAUACUUCAAGACAAUCGACAAGAUAGUGAAGGCACGAUUGACAAGCAGUCGGGUGAGGUUCAUCUUGCAAGAUGUUAUUGAUCUGCGUGAGCCCAACAUAUCAGGUGAGUCACUGACCUCCGAAGUUCGCGGAUACAACUCCAGCAGUGCCACACUGAGGCGACCGCAUGCGACCAUGAAAAUAAAGCGACCAGGACUCCUCGCCGAGGGAGGUGACCUCGUCGCAAGACGACGCACGUCACUAUAUCAUCAUCUACAUCAAACACAGAAGCUUUUGCAGAGGUUUCGCUGGAAGGUCACCAAACUGUUGGAACUGUCUGAACCUUUAAGGCAACUAUAUCUAGAAAUAGUGGUGCACACGCACUACCCAUACAAGUGA